AUGGAGAGGUGGCCCCAUCUUUUUUGUUUGGAGUUGUUUAAAUCGUGCAGGGUGGCAGAGAGAAUGGAAACUGAAAGAGGUAACGGAGUGUUCAAAUGGCAGUGGUCUAGGCAGCCUGAGUCGGAAGAGGAGCUCAAGGAAUGGAAGGAAUGUUACGAGGUGCUUAAUUUGGUGAGGCUCUCCUCUGGUAAGGAUGCUUGGAUUUGGAGUGGUGAUAGUCAGAACGGUUUCUCGGUGAAGACGGUAAAAUCAGCGUUGAUAAUGGAUAGAGGUCCAUGUCAUCCACCAAAUUUUGUUUGGUGCAAAUGGGUUCCUAUUAAGUGCAAUAUAAUGAAUUGGAGAGGCAAUUUGGAUAGGCUUCCUACUAGAAUAAAUUUAAAAAGUAGGAAUGUGGACAUAUCUUCAUCUAUGUGCCCAUUCUGCGAGGAAGCCGAGGAAUCGGUCGAACAUUUGUUCACUGCUUGUUCGGUUACUCUAAGGGUAUGGUCGGCAUUCAGCGAGUGGUGCAACAUCCCGCCUCUCUAUCUUUUUGAAUUUAAAGAUAUUUUAGAUAUCCACAAAUUCAUGAAGCGUAGUAAGAAGGAGGAGAAGAUUAUCUAUGGGUUGGCUUUGAUAACAUCUUGGUGCAUAUGGAAAGAAAGAAAUGAAGUGGUGUUUAAUCAGAAAAGAUGCAGUCCGCAUGACAUUAUUGGGGAGUUAAAAUCUAGAAGUUUUGCUUGGGUUAAAAAUAGAACUACUUGUAAGUAUAUUAGAUGGUCGGAGUGGUGUAAAUACCCGAUGUAUAUGUUGUAA